UAUUGAUAUAUCCCUCCUCCUCCCCCUUCUAUCUUCCCCAAUCAGAUUUCAAAUUGAAAAAACAAAAUCUGUUUGGCAGAGAGAAGGAGAAGUGGGCAUUUCUCUAGCAUUUAUAUCUUCAUUUUUCUUUUGGCUAAUUAAAGAAAAUAAUUCAAAAUGAGAGAGGUUAUUAGUAUGCACAUUGGUCAGGCGGGAAUUCAGGUCGGUAAUUCUUGCUGGGAACUUUACUGCCUUGAACAUGGAAUUCAGCCCGAUGGAAUGAUGCCCAGUGACACGACAAUUGGCACCGAACACGAUUCGUUCAAUACUUUCUUCAGUGAGACUGGCUCCGGCAAGCAUGUUCCGAGAGCUAUAUUUGUAGAUCUAGAGCCUACAGUCAUUGAUGAAGUUAGAACUGGAACUUAUAGACAGCUUUUUCACCCUGAGCAACUUAUUUCUGGCAAGGAGGAUGCUGCGAACAAUUUUGCUAGAGGUCACUAUACAGUGGGAAGGGAAAUUGUUGAUCUAUGUCUCGACCGAGUGAGGAAAUUGGCAGACAACUGCACUGGAUUGCAAGGGUUUUUGGUUUUCAAUGCUGUUGGUGGUGGUACUGGUUCUGGCUUGGGUUCACUGCUUUUGGAACGGUUGUCAGUAGAUUAUGGAAAGAAGUCAAAACUUGGCUUCACCAUCUUUCCCUCUCCUCAGGUUUCAACUGCUGUUGUUGAACCUUACAACAGUGUGCUUUCCACCCAUUCUCUCCUCGAGCAUACAGAUGUUGCUGUCCUUCUGGACAAUGAAGCUAUCUACGAUAUCUGCAGGAGAUCACUGGACAUUGAGAGGCCAACAUAUACCAACUUGAAUCGCUUAAUAUCCCAGAUCAUCUCUUCUUUGACCACUUCCUUGAGAUUUGAUGGUGCCAUUAAUGUGGAUGUCACAGAGUUUCAAACUAACCUUGUGCCAUAUCCUCGAAUCCACUUUAUGUUGUCUUCUUAUGCCCCAGUAAUAUCAGCUGCAAAGGCUUACCAUGAGCAGCUAUCUGUUCCUGAAAUCACAAGUGCUGUGUUUGAGCCCUCAAGUAUGAUGGCAAAAUGUGAUCCAAGGCACGGGAAGUACAUGGCUUGUUGUCUGAUGUAUCGUGGAGAUGUCGUGCCAAAGGACGUCAAUGCUGCAGUUGCCACCAUUAAGACAAAGAGGACAGUUCAAUUUGUCGACUGGUGCCCUACUGGUUUCAAGUGCGGUAUCAACUACCAGCCACCAACUGUAGUACCGGGAGGUGAUCUUGCUAAGGUACAACGUGCAGUCUGUAUGAUAAGCAACAAUACAGCUGUAGCUGAGGUAUUCUCAAGAAUCGACCACAAAUUUGAUCUCAUGUACGCCAAGCGAGCAUUUGUGCAUUGGUAUGUUGGUGAAGGAAUGGAAGAAGGUGAGUUCUCAGAAGCUCGUGAAGAUCUUGCAGCUCUCGAGAAGGACUACGAGGAAGUCGGUGCAGAAGGCGCCGAAGAUGAUGAAGAAGGAGAAGAUUAUUGAAGUAAUGGUUUGUGAGACAUGAACAUGUGUAUGUCUAGCUUGUGACUACUAUCUUUUGUUUGUUUCUACGGCUUUGUAAAAAGAAUUUAAUCCAUGUUGUUCAUGGCUGAAUUAUCUCUCAUGUUUUGGCUCUGUACUUAAUGAUGUUUUUGAAUUAAGUUUUAUCAUCAUUUCAUUUUCUGAAAUGUUAAUAACAAUCUUUCCUUAA